AUGAGCAAGUCCGGAGAUCUGUCGCCAACGUCCAGUAACGUGGAUCUUAACGAAAAAGUGGACACCUCGCAAAUGACUCCACAGGAGGUAAAACUCUACAAGAUGUACGGCAAGAUGCCGUCGAAAAAGGACCUAUUCAAACACAAGUUGCAAGAGCGCAAGUAUUUUGACAGCGGGGACUAUGCGUUGAAGAAAGCCGGUGUAAAGUCGGACGACCUACAGUCGAAUGCUAUUGGAAAUAGCCAUCUUCCUGUAACGAACCCCAGCGGGCUGCGGGAAAGCAUCAUCAAACGAAGGCUCAGCAGCAGUGCGGGCGGCAUGGAUCCACAGGACCAACGGCGCCAAGGAAGUAUAUCGAGUGGCCCGCCCCCGAGAUCUCCCAGCAAGUGA